CUGACUGCAUCAUCAUGGUGGCGGGCGAGUUGAUUCAGGAACCUAUAAGGCAUAGCGAAACACCUGCGUCGGACGAAGAAAAAAACGCGGAUUGCUACGAUGAUGUCGAGAAUGGAGCUAUUAAAUUGAGCGUCACCGAGCUGAAAGAAUUAGAAGAGCAGGAGCUUCCUCCCGCUGAGAGCUACGCGAUGCUUCCCGGCGCGCAGAAACCUCUACAGACUAAACUGUACUGCCGGCGUUUCGCUGUGCUGACAGUUUUCAGUCUGUACUCGCUUGUCAACGCGUUUCAGUGGAUCCAGUACAGCAUCAUUGCGAACAUCUUUACUCGUUUUUACGACGUAACCUUCGUGAUGAUCGACUGGUUUUCAGUGGUGUACAUGGUGGCAUAUGUGCCGCUCAUCUUCCCCGCCACCUGGCUGCUGGACCGCAAGGGGCUGCGAGUCACAGCCCUGCUCGGAGCCGGACUUAACUGCGCAGGCGCGUGGCUUAAAUGUGCGAGCGCCGCUCCUGAACUCUUCUGGUUGAGCAUGGUGGCGCAGGUGGUCUGCUCCGUAGCCCAGGUGUUCAUCCUUGGUCUCCCGUCCAGGAUAGCAUCGGUAUGGUUUGGCCCGAAGGAAGUUUCCACCGCCUGCGCUGCAGCAGUGCUGGGCAAUCAGCUGGGUGUUGCCAUCGGGUUUCUGCUUCCACCUGUACUUGUUCCGAACACACCAAAAGAUAAGGACCUCCUAGGGUACAACAUAGGCAUUAUGUUUUAUGGGACGGCUGCUGUUUCAACUCUGCUUUUUAUUUUAACAGUCAUUGUUAUUCAGGACAGACCACCAGUGCCUCCUAGUCAGGCUCAAGCUGUUUUGCCAAUAGGCCCAGCAGAAGAUUAUUCAUACAAGCAGUCCAUCAUCAGUCUUUUUAGGAGCAGGCCAUUUAUCUUGCUCUUGCUCAGCUAUGGCAUCAUGACUGGUUCUUUCUACUCAGUGUCCACGCUACUCAAUCAAAUAAUCAUCACACAUUACCCAGGAGAGGAGCUGAAUGCAGGCAGAAUUGGUCUCACCCUGGUAGUGGCUGGAAUGGUAGGCUCAAUCCUAUGCGGGCUAUGGCUGGAUCAUACCAAAACGUACAAAAUGACUACGCUGAUCGUGUACAUUCUCUCCUUUAUUGGAAUGCUGGUGUUUACAUUCACACUGAACCUGAACCACCUGCUUGUUGUUUUCUUUACUGCUGGGGUACUUGGUUUCUUUAUGACUGGAUAUCUGCCCAUUGGCUUUGAAUUUGGUGUUGAAAUCACCUACCCAGAGUCUGAAGGCACUUCAUCUGGUCUUCUCAAUGCAUUCGCACAGAUUUUUGGAAUCAUUUUCACGCUUAUUCAGGGAAAACUUACCAAAGACUACAAUCCGCUGGUCGGAAACAUCUUUCUGUGUGUGUGGAUAUUCAUCGGCAUUAUUCUAACAGCAUUGAUAAAAUCAGAGCUUAAAAGACACAAGGUCAACUUGGGCAACAUCAAAGGUCAAGCGGUUCUUACUGAGUGCCCCACAGAGAAGGUAUCCAGUGGUGCAAAGCUGAAAUCCUCGCCAAGUUUCUCACGAGAGACUUCACUGUAA